AUGUCUUUUUCGUUUGGAACUCCCUCAAGUGCUCCUGCUAAUACAUCGCUUACGGGUGGCUUUAAUUUUGGCGCAAAUAAACCGGCAACACCAGGUUUUGGUUUGCCAGCAACUUCACAGCCAUCAACAGGUCUUUUUAACAAUACUUCUGCUGCUCCCGCUUUUGGCACAGGCACAGGCUUUGGCCUUAGUUCGACGCCUGCAUUUGGAACAACUUCCACUGCUCCAGCUUUUGGGUCCGCAACGACCCCUGCUUUCGGGGCUACAACAACUCCUGCAUUCGGAGCUAGCUCUACUGCACCCACUUUUGGAUCUACAACCACGCCUGCGUUUGGGUCGACUUCUUCAGCGCCGGCGUUCGGGGCAACUUCUGCUGCGCCUUCAUUUGGGGCAACGACAACACCUGCUUUUGGUGCACCGUCUACAACUCCUGCCUUUGGUGGGGCUUCAACUACUGGUUUUGGAGCUAGUACAUCUGCUCCAGCCUUUGGAUCUACUACAACUCCAGCUUUUGGUACCUCUGGCACUCCAGCAUUUGGGGCGACUACCACCCCAUCAUUUGGAACCUCAGGCCUGGGUACUGGCUCACUUAAUUUUGGUGCCGCUACCACCACUACUGCUUCAAGUGGGCUAAAUUUCGGAGCUCCGGCUACUACUAAGACAGGACUGGGAGGUUUAGGGGGUUUCGGCUUUGGCACCACCACAGCUGCGCAGUCCAGUUUUGGGUUACUUGGUGGCACUAGCACCGCAACAACAACCACUAGUUUAUUUGGACUCAGCUCAGGCACAACUAAUGUAUCUGGCACACAACCAUCAACUUCAGCAACACCGAGCUUGGGACUUGGUGGAGUUGCACCGACUGGGACCGGUACAGGCAGCUCUACAACAGGAGAUGGAAAAACUGAACCACCAAAGCAGACGAAGCUUCCUAAUGAAAUCUCAACAUUGGUGGAUUCUUUCAAAGAGUUUGUAAAGAAACAGAAGUCGCUCAGUUCAGAAGUUAUGCGGGUUUCAAUUAAACCAUUACACAAGGUGGGUCGCGAAGCAGAAGCGACAUUGCGUGCAGCGCUAGCGUUGCGCGGAGAGACAAACAAAGCUCGCGCGCAGUCGAGGCGCCUGCGAGCCGCAGCCGCUGACGCACUCGCUGCUGCUGAAGCUGCUGCCAGGGAUCCACCCGGGGCGGAACUAGAAGGAAGUGCACCACCAAAAUACAUUAAAGAAUUAAUUGCUGAAUUGGAGCAACAAUUAAUUACAUUCCGAAGACAAAUGGAUGUUGCUGAUAAACAGAUGCAGGCUUCACCCAAAUUGCUUACAGAACAAGAGUUAACGCUCGGUAUUCGACGUAUGCACGAGUCUCUUGUGGCUUUGGCUGGUCGCUUGCAAGCGGUGCACACGCAAGUUGAAGCUCAGAAGGAGCAAUAUCUCAACCUCAGGAAGUAUAUACUGAAGGAUCCUACAAAUGUUUUUGACAGACCCUCACCAAGCGCCAGUCUGGAUCAGAUUUUACAUGAUGCAGAAGGUACAAGAAAGAAAACGAAAUCAAGUUCCUUAGCGGAUAUCAGUUUUGGUGGUGCAGGCAGUGCUGUGUUGUCAGAUCCCAAAGUUGCGUUAAGUAACAUUCAACAACUGGCUGGUCCACCUCCUUUCACUUAUUUAGGCAGUACACUGUCACCAUUCCACACAGCUGAUGUAUCAGGAUCGAACUGGCAACCCCAACCGCAGAGUAAUUACAACACAUCACUAAAUCUAAGUAAUUUUGGAUCAACGUCACAAACUGAGUCAAGCUCUGCUUUCCAGCUUCAAAAGCCUCCAGGAAAGCGAGGGAAACAAUGA